AUGUACAACUCCGACAACACCAAAAAUGUGAUGAGAGACCUCCCAAAAGCAGCUAAAUCAAUUUGUGAUGCAUGCACGUUACCAAUUACAACGGAUGGUGCUAAAGGCAUUGUUGUUAAAAAUGCCAAGAAUGAAAGCGUGAAAAUCGGAUAUGAUGACAACUGGGACGUGGUGGUUGUGGCUGACACUUCACAGGAGUCAAAGUGGUCUGUAACGGUUCCAGAAGAAGCGUUCAGUAUGGCACGUAUGCAAAUGAAUGAAACACCUUUCGUCGGGGUUGUGCGAUUCCAAGAUCUUGUAGAGAGCAUCAUAGACAAUGAUUCAACACUGUAUUUCAAAAGUGAUGUUUUUGGCAUAUCGAUGGAGGCCAAUAUUACUAAUCUCACAAACAGCAUUGACAUCUACUUCAGAAAGCUGAGUAUGCCUGCUGCUAACUGGACCUGUAUGUCUUCAGAUAGUGCAGAUACGUGGACCUCAUCUGGCUGUAAAACCAACUUCAUAAACAACACAAUUCAGUGUUCUUGUACUCACCUGACCUUCUUUGCGCUCCUGAUGUCGCAGCCAAACCAGGUGAUCUCGGAAGUAGAUGUGGUGUCACUGACCUAUAUCACCUCUAUUGGUUGUGGCUUGUCCACUUUUUUCCUCAUCGUAGGUCUGUUCAUUCACUUCGUGAUGCGGCGUGCCAAAAUCAGGGUGGGCACCACAAUCCUGAUGCAUCUGUUUGUGGCUUUGGUCCUCCUGAAUAUUACUUUCCUGUCUAAUCAGCAAGUAACGAAUCUGAAUAACAGCGUUUCCUGCGUCAUCAUCGCAGCCGCUACGCACUUCUCCAUGUUAGCCACGUUCACCUGGUUCUUCGUCCAGGCACUUCACUUCUACCUGAGCCUCAAUGCAAUCAAUACCACAAAGAGACAAUACAAGCUGUCAGUCAUUGGUUUAGGAUGGGGAUUUCCAGCUGUGGUUGUUAUUGUGAUCGCAGCUACAGGGAACUAUGAACAAAUAAAAUCUUAUCAAAUGUGUUGGCUCACAAACACAUAUAUUCACUAUAUAGUCAAUGUUGGCUACUACGCACUGAUUUUCAUCUUCACAUGCGCCAUCUUCAUCGUGAUCGUCCAGAAGAUCACCCACACAAGACUUACUAAACAUGGUAUCAUCAAAACAUCAUCAAAGAGAACAGGAAUGAUCUUUAGUCUUUUUGUCCUUUUGGGUCUGACAUGGGGCGUGGCCUUCUUUAGUUAUGGACCUAUGCUAAUCCCAUCUUACUACAUCUUCUCCAUUCUCAAUUCUUUCCAAGGUUUCUUCCUGUUUCUCUACUACUACUUCUUUCGGAAUGAAGAUGUGGACAUGGGUCAGUCUGACUCUUCUUUGAAAAAAACGAAUGACACCAACACCACAACCUCAACCAUAGAGGAGAAAGAAAAGUAACUGGCAGAGAUACAGAGAAA